AGACCACCGCCAGCCGCUCCACGGUGAGGAUCCACUCGUGCUGCGUGACGCCCGCGGCCAGGCCAGAGGGGCCGGAUGCCAUGUGCUGUCUAUUCCCCAGGCUGCCGGUCGGAUGCAGACACAUCCAAUUACUGCAGAACAAUAAAUCCAGCACUGCCAGCUUCACCGUGCAGCUGUUCCAGAUGCUGAACCACUCCACAGCAUAUUUGCACUGCAAAUUCGCUAUCUGCCUGAAUGACCAUGCAGGGUGUGAGCAGAAUUGCUAUGAAAACAGGGAGACGAUUCCCCAGCGAAGUGACCGAAGCAGCUUUAGAAACCUGCACUCUCUGAUCUCUGUUGGCCCGGUUUUGGAAGGAAAGCCUGGAUUUCUAGAGAAGCAGGCGGAAGGCCCCAGCUCUGCUGUGCUGAUCCCAGUUGUUUUAGGCUCACUGACCGGUGUUGCUGUCCUAGGAAGCAUCUUCAUCUGUCUCUGGCUGCACCUCAGGUGCAAAACCAAGAGUCUGUGCAGUCCCCAAUGUGGAGAAACCUACAGCCUGUGACCCACAAGUGCCUGGCUGAUCCCGAUGUCUCCAUGCUGCUGCUAGGUGAAUCAGAACAGCAUUGGAUUUGAUUUGCACACUGUGUUGCUUUCAUAGAGCUGCUGCUGGCCCAAAGACUGAGGAAUCCAGUCUCUGCUUUUAAAUAUUUAUCUCCUUUCCUUCCGUCAGCAUGAGGGAGCCUAAGAAUUGGAGCGUAGAGGGAGAGUAUGACAGCAGGACACCGCAACAAAAGAGGAGACGCCAUUUAAAAUUCUCUCUCCACCAGGUUCGAACACUUGUGGCUGUUCACAGAAUGUGAAAAUAGAAAUGAAAGUUGGGCACGCACAAAAAAAAGACCUGCUCAGUAAUGCUGUGUAUAAAACCAACAGCUAUGAAAAGGACUGGA